GUCUGUGCCCACAAACGACCAGUGACCACCGUUGCAAUAUUCCCAACGUCCAACGAUGCUUGCUUCAUCGCAUAGUACUACGUAGGCUGUAGACGUAUGCCCAGCUACCCCCGUCGGUAUUUGGCCCUUGAGCUGCUUUAAAAUAUCCCUUCUCGUACGUCUCAGACGUCCCUGGCUGAAAAUCACCGAUUCCCCUUGCAGUUAUCCAGUAGCUCCGACUGGCAACCCAGUAAGCGUUACGUUUUAGCCAGCUCCACGAUCUUCACCUCCGAUAGUGCCUAGACAAGAGAUACAGGUUGUUGAAUCUCUCACGCUAAUUCCUUCCAGCGUUUUUACUUAAUUGGCUCUCUUCCCGCUUUCUAUUCUUCUUCUAUUAUCUUCUCUCUGUAUAUAUCUCCGUCUUCUAUUAUCCUUCGCUCCGAACACCGGCUGUGCUUGAGUUUUCUCGAGUUGAGACUCUUUAGCCCUGUUCCAAUCUCUUCUCUCUCUUCCCUCUUCUCAUCUUCCAUCUCUCAACCUCUCAUCAUAACUCUUUAAGCCUAUUCAUGGUUAUCCACGAUAACUACAAUGGCUCCUGAUAUCGAUUCCAUUCCACGUUCUGGGGUAAACCCUAACGGCCCUCGCCAAACGGCGGCGGGUCAUGUUAGCGGGAUCAACGGCACCAACGGCUCUUCCGUGAAACCCCCUAACAUCCUAUUCCUCAUGGCAGACCAGCUGGCUGCUCCGCAACUCAAGAUGUACAAUCCGGAGUCGCAGAUCAAGACUCCUAACCUUGACGCCCUGGCAGCUAAGUCUGUCCAGUUUGACUCGGCGUAUUGCCCAUCUCCUCUUUGCGCCCCUUCUCGCAUGAGCUUGAUCUCCGGCCAGCUUCCUAUGAAGAUCGGCGCUUAUGACAACGCCUCUCAGAUCGGAAGUGACGUGCCGACCUACGCGCACUAUCUGCGUGCCAAGGGUUACCACACGGCAUUGGCAGGCAAGAUGCAUUUUGUCGGAGAUCAGCUUCACGGCUACGAGACUCGUCUUACGAGCGAUAUUUAUCCAGGAGAUUUUGGUUGGGCCGUGAACUGGGACGAGCCGGAUAGGCGGCUUGAGUGGUAUCACAACGCUAGCUCCAUUCUCCAAGCGGGAACUUGUGUGCGAAGCAACCAACUGGAUUAUGACGAAGAGGUUAUGUACAGGUCUACCCAGUUCCUGUACGACCAAGUUCGCGAAGGACCUGACUCGAGGCCAUUCUGUUUAACGGUUUCUCUUACUCACCCUCAUGACCCGUACACCAUUGAGGAAAAGUACUGGGACCUGUACGAAGAUGUGGACAUUGCCCUGCCAAAGGUUAAGAUCCCUAAGGAGGAGCAGGAUGCCCACAGCAAGAGAUUGUUAAAGGUUUGCGAUCUCUGGGACGAGGACUUCUCAGACGAUCAGAUCAAGCGAGCUCGAAGAGCAUACUACGGCGCCGUCAGCUACGUCGAUGAUUGUAUCGGGCGUAUUCUUCGUGUGCUAAAGCAAUGCCGGCUCGACGAGAACACUAUCAUCGUCUUCAGCGGAGAUCACGGAGAUAUGCUGGGAGAACGUGGUCUAUGGUACAAGAUGAGUUAUUUUGAGUCGUCUGUGAGAGUACCUCUCCUGAUCUCGGACCCUCGAUUCGCCCCUCACCGAGUCACCCAAAACGUAUCGACCCUAGACAUCCUUCCUACGUUGUGCGACCUUGUCGGUACUAAACCGGUAGCCGGCUUACCCAUGGACGGCCUUUCUCUCCUUCCCCACUUGGAGGGUCGCGAGGGCCACGACACUGUGAUCGCCGAGUACACCGGUGAAGGAACCAUCAGCCCGUACAUGAUGAUUCGACGCGGUCCCUGGAAGUAUGUCACGUGCCCGACCGACCCGCCCCAACUCUACAACCUCGAACGGGAUCCUCUUGAGCUCGUCAACCUGGCGCAGCUUGUACUUAAGAAGGAGGCGCUUUCUCCGGAGGAAGAAGAGGCGAAGGACAAGUUUGAAAAGUUCGAAGCUGAAGCCACCGCACGCUGGGACUUUGAUGCCAUCACAAAGCAAGUAUUGAUGUCGCAACGGACGAGGAGACUUGUGUGGAGCGCCUUGAACAAGGGCAAAUUCGAGGCGUGGGACUACAACCCUGGUGACAACGGCACCAACAAGUACAUCCGAUCCUUCUUGCCCCUCGACGAUCUGGAGCGCCGUGCUAGAUUCCCUCCAGUUGACAAAUACGGCCGAGAGACUAGAGAUAUCGUUAUCGAUCAGGCCGGUUCGCACAACGAGUAACGGUCUCAUUUUACGGUUCUUAUUAUUGUACGGGAUAUGGAAAAGUUUGAAAGUGGAGAUUGAUUGGGUACUUGGGUGGUGGUGCAUCUGCAUUUCGCGGCGCCUAACUUGCCUAUUCGUGGAUUGGGUUAUAUCACACCGGCGCAUCCGCGAACGCGCCGGUGGACCUGAUACUUCCGAUCUAAGAGAUUUACGGUGUGAUUUUUUCAUCGGGAUUUAGCGACGAGUUAUGGGCGAAUGAUUUUAUGAUAUGGAUGACGGAUGACCAUUGACGGAUGAAAAUGAGACGCGCUAGAUACCUAUCUGUAACUAUACUCUGCAUCGAUCUAGUAUAGCACUAGUAUUGGACAAGUAGAUUAGUUGAUAGAUAGCCCUUGUGUAGAUUAAAGAUAUUGAAUCACAUGGUGUUGAAAUGGA